ACGUCCUCGCAGUAUUAAAAGUUCCAGCUCCAGCUCCACCGUUCCAUCGGCACCAUCAGCGCCAUCAGCACCGCAAGCACCGCAAGCACCGCUCCCUGCCCCUCUCGGCCCGCCUGCUCCGGUUGCUCCGCCCGCCGUCCAGCCCUCAACCUUUGGCCCUGGCCUUGAGAGCGAGUAUCCAGCCCUCUCUCCCCUCACAGGCGACGACGACCUCAACGACGACCAGGUCAACGCCGCGGCCAAGCGUAUCAAGGAUCGUCUGAUGCGUCAGAACCACCCUCCCCCUCUAGAUGGCGGCGGAGGCAGCGCGGAAGAUCCACGACGGCGACGACGUGCUGCGCGACUACGACGACGAUCCCGACCUCAUCGGCAUCGUAGGGAUCCAGGAUGACGGGCGCGAGGCCAAGUACCACUUCGACCUCGAUUUUCAGCGCAUCAAGCCCAUUCCGGAUCGCGCAGUCCAGUCGCAGCAAGCGGGCGAGCAGGGCGACACGCGCGACGCGGAUCGCGACACGGUCAUCCUGCAUACCAACGAGCGAGUCGUGGUUCAGACCACCGACGACGGGCAACGCUCGGUACGGAUGACUGGCACGGGAGGCGCAAUCAUCCGCGCAAACCAGAGGACCGAGUAUCGCACCUCGCUCUUCUCGCAAGAGAUUCGCCGCGUGGCUCGCAGCGCGCUCGAGGCAGAGGGAUGCCCGGUCGUCGUCCACCGCCAAGCUGACAGCACCAUCACCCUCCUCGCCACCAUCGCCGGUCGCAACUUCGUCCUCGCCACCGACCACCUCACCGCUCGAGUCGUCGCAGGCGUCGAGACCUCCCUCCGCCUUCGCCCCAUCGCCAACCAGUGGGCAUGCCAACCGAUGUCCGCCACGCCAGAAGCCUCUUACAUCCUGCGUCGAUACCGCGUCACCAUCGACCAGCGCAGCGGCUUGCGCGCCUGCUACGAGCCCUUUGCUGCCCCCGUGCACGCUCGGUGGGCCGGUCACUUGCUCCACGGCAUCGGCGUCAGGAUGAGGGAUGGGGGAGCGCGCUUCCCGCUCGUUCGUGGCGAUCCAGCUUCCCGGCAGCGAUGCGGACCACCUCGAGCUCGGCUGGCUUGGCGACCGUCCCAAUCGUCGUCGACCCAGCAUCAACGCCCCGCCUGCGCUCCUGGAGCUCGACGUGCCGGCACCAUCGACGCCUCACGACCUCAUCCUCGCGAUGCACCAGACUCGCACGGGCGACAUUCACGGCGUCUGAUACCAGCUGCGCCCGCGGGACCGCCUCGAUGGGCUACGCGCGGCCAUGCAACUGGUGCCAUGUCAACGACAUUCUCUGCAUUCGCACAGAAAACAAAAUGUGUGCCAGCUGCGCGUGAAGAGGGGAAGGCCGUGCGGCGCAGAGAUGAGGCCUCCCGCGCAAGCAAAGUGACCCCAGCGAUCCCAGCGAUGAUGACGACGAACACGACGACGUCCAAGGCCUCAACUUUCACCGCGUCUCUCGCCCACAGCCUAGCCAAGCUACUCGUACAGCUCCUUGCUCCUCGCUCCUUGCGAGACCACUACACGAUGUCCACUCACGGUGACAGCGGUGAGCAAAAACCUGUACGCAACGCUUGUUGAGAGGUAAGCGCGUCGGCAUUGCGCCCCGCCCCCGCCCCCGCCCCGCCAGACCACGAAAUCCCAGACCUGGGCUACCCCGAGGACCUGGGCCUCGACAGCGACGAGGCCGAGCCUGAGCCCAAGAAGGCCAAGAAAGACGAAGUUGGCACAAAGUCCCAUCGCUCGCUCAGCGCAGCAUCACCUCGCCCGCCCUUAAAAUCUCCCUCCUCCUCGCUCUCGCGCUCGGCU